AAAGGAUUGAUUUGGUGUUUUUUUGGUCGCAGGAUUGAUUUGGUAGCCAUGGCCAUUGCCGCAGCAGCAACAGCGACAGUGACAAUGGCGCUAGCGAGGCCAACGUCGAAUGUGUUGCUGACAAGACACAGGGCUAGGUGGGUCUUCACUCCAUUUGCUGUUUCUUCUUCCUUUACUUCGUCUUCUUCUUCUUCAAAGCCUUCAAGAGCCCUCAUUCUCUACUCCAAGCCCGGGUGCUGUUUGUGCGAUGGCCUCAAAGAAAAACUUCAGGCUGCCUUCUUACUCGCUGGCCCUGAUUCUCUUCAGGACGUUGAUUUACAGAUAAGGGAUAUUACGGGCAAUCCAGAGUGGGAAAGAGCUUACCAGUAUGAGAUACCAGUGUUGGCCAGAGUGCUUUCUGAUGGCACUGAGCAAUUACUUUGCUUUAGAUGGUGGAUUGACAAUCAAAUAAACAGCCAACGCAAUUAUUGAUGGGAUUGUCUCUAUGAGGUGGCCUAUCAUGCUUGAAGCAUCUCAAGUUUUCUUACCCUUAUUGUUUCCUUUUAGCAAUGCUGAGAAUUUGUGUAUAUGGUACAAGACUUCAACUGCAUUUCCUCAGUCUGAAAUCUGAAAGAAUUCAAGUUAGAUCUUUUUUGUUUUGUUUUGAUGAAUCACAUUUGUAGUUUCAUCUGACGAAAAUAUCGAAUUAUU